CCCCCGACUGUCCCUGCGGGAGCGCCGAGUUGAGUUUGACAAGAGUAUCAUUACCAUUGAACUUCACACAAGUUUGUCUGUUACUUCUUUAACUGUAUUGAAAACUUGUAGUAGCACUAAAACCGACUUUAAAGGAACCCAAGCUGUCACUUUCAGGCAAUCAUGGAGCGCUCCAAACAGAAACAAAUGAAUCAAAAUGAAAAUGAAACAGAUGCCGCGAUCAAUGGGCACUUUGACGGACGGGUGAAGAUUCCCGGAUGGAGCGCCGGUGGUGCCGCCGGGACCCCGAGCACCGCGCCGUCCUCCAGCGUGAUGGAGAGCUGGCGGGAAGAACGCACUCGCAGUCUGGAAGACAAUGAAAUGAGCCUGCCGAGCAUCGCCGCGGCUUACACCACUAUCCUCAGGGGGCUCGGGGAAGAUCCGCAGCGGCAGGGGCUCCUCAAAACUCCGUGGAGAGCCGCCACUGCCAUGCAGUUCUUCACCAAGGGUUAUCAGGAAAAAAUCAUCGAUGUCCUGAAUGACGCAAUCUUUGAUGAAGAUCAUGACGAGAUGGUGAUCGUGAAGGAUAUUGACAUGUUUUCCAUGUGUGAACACCAUUUAGUUCCCAUUUUUGGCCGGGUGCACAUAGGUUACCUUCCAAACAAGAGGGUUCUUGGUCUGAGUAAAUUAGCAAGGAUUGUUGAGAUAUAUAGCAGGAGAUUGCAAGUUCAGGAGCGUCUAACCAAACAGAUUGCAGUGGCCAUCACUGAAGCGUUACAGCCCGCUGGUGUCGGGGUGGUCAUUGAAGCAACUCACAUGUGUAUGGUUAUGCGAGGUGUCCAGAAGAUGAACAGCAAGACUGUGACCAGCACCAUGCUAGGCGUUUUCCGCGAGGACCCCAAGACACGAGACGGCCGAAUUAUCAAACACAUCCCUUUAUCCAACCAUACUACAAUCGUCUUCACACUGAGAGAACGAAUCUGCUCCGACUCCUCUUAUGAAAAACAAACCAGAGCUGAAUACGCAUCUUACUUCUUCGUUAUCCAAUCACGAGCGAGCAGCGCUCUUCCUAAAGAACUAAUCUACGCAAUGACACUACGUCGUGCAGGCCAGCAAAUCCCUUCACACAAGGACUACAGGAUACAACAGUCCCGCGGUUCGGGAAUUGUGGGGGAUUUGGAGGAGAGGGCGGAGUCUGUUAGUCCAGUUCCCUCUCAGCCCUAUGAUUCAGACCAUGUUGCUGAUGAAGAGUCUAUUGCACGUUAUUGCAAAUUCACUUUUGAUGGUUUCAGCAAGGAUUCACAGCACCAAGGACAGGAAAAGCAAAGACAGCCACCUGAACGCUUUAAGGUUGUCUCCGUUGCGUUACGGACCCCCUCUAAUGGCCUGUCGACACGUAGACUCUUUGUGGCGUUCUAA